AAUAAACAACUCUCAGAGACACAGAGAUAUAACUGCAAAACAAACAGUCUCGACUCUCUACAAGCCACAAGGCAAUGCAACCGUACGAAUUACGAUCUCAAUUUUUAAAGCUCGAAGUUCCGUCGGCCAAACCCUAGAUUUGAACAGUAAAACCCCAGAUUUUCGUAAUUGGGUUUUGGAAAAUAGGGGAUCAUUGUCGUGGGCAUACUACUAACAGUUUGAUAAACUUAAAAGUGGGUCCAGUUGUUGGGACUAACUCGGAGCACGGCUGUGAAUGUUAGAGUAUAUUGAUUUUGGGUCGCGAAAGAAUUAUGUAGUUCUGCUUUCUACACAGUUGGGAAACUGAAAAAAGUGGGUCAAAUAUUGGAACUAGUACUUGGUUGAAGUGUAAAUCAAUCCUGAAGUCGUUUUGAAUGAAAGGGAGUUCUGAGAGCAAAAGGAGAUGAAGCUCGAAAUCGUGGUUUUGGAGGUACAAUGACUGGAGGGUCAUUGGGUCUCCGUACAGGCAGUUACGGAUCACUCCAUCAGGGACAGAAUGGUGUGUUGCAGACUCAGAACUCAUUCAUUGUGCGGAAGUCUUCGAGGAUGUCCCUUUCUGGUUCAAGAGAGAAGGAAAGGUUUCUCCACUUGAUUUGGCGAUAUUUAGGUCGAAGGAAAGUUGGAAUGCUGAUUUUGGUUGUGUUUGCUCUUUUGGCUUUCUUAACAGGGUUCAUUACAGUGCAUAAAGAAGAAGCAUCUGAAAGCAGUGGUCCAUACAUUGCUCAGACAAUUCAAAAUAAGAAAAAUUCAGGCGUGAACACUGUUACAGUAUGUGGUGACAUCAACAACAAGCCUCCACCUAUUCCCCAUCCUUUUGCUCCUGCAGUUGUUACAGUCUCCAAUUCUUCUCUGGAACAUCCAUGUAGACAUUUUCAAGUUCCCCCUCCCCCUCCCGGGGAUAGAAGACGGAUCGGACCACGCCCAUGUCCCGUAUGUUACCUUCCUGUGGAUCGGGCAAUAGCCAGAAUGCCAAGCUCCCCAUCAACCUCACCCGUGCUUCGUCAUUUAAAUUAUUUUCGCGAGGAAAAUCCAAUUAAGACAGAACGACAUGGAGGCUCUGAUUUUGGUGGAUUUCCUUCUUUAAAGCAGAGGAAUGAGUCUUUUGAUAUAAAAGAAUCGAUGACUGUUCACUGUGGUUUUGCGAAAGGAUGUAGACCGGGUUAUCAGACUGGGUUUGAUAUUGAUGACGCUGACCUUAGAGAGUUGGAGCAGUUCCAUGGGGUUAUUGUUGCAUCAGCCAUAUUUGGAAACUAUGAUAUAAUACAACAGCCUAAGAACAUUAGUGAAAUUGCAAAGAAAAGUGUACCCUUCUUUAUGUUCGUAGAUGAGGAGACAGAGGCGUAUAUGAAGAAUUCUAGUGGCUUGGACAGCAGCAAGAUGGUUGGAUUAUGGAGGAUUGUUGUCGUCCGUAACAUUCCUUACACUGACCCGAGACGCAACGGAAAGGUUCCAAAGCUUCUAUUACAUAGGCUCUUUCCUCAUGUCCAGUACUCUAUAUGGAUUGACGGAAAGCUUCAGCUUGUAGUGGAUCCAUAUCAAAUUUUGGAAAGGUUCUUGUGGCGCCAAAACGCCACUUUUGCUAUUUCAAGACACUACAGGCGCUUCGAUGUAUUUGAAGAAGCUGAAGCUAAUAAAGCUGGAGGGAAAUAUGACAACGCUUCUAUCAAUUACCAGGUUGAAUUUUAUAAAAAGGAGGGUUUAACACCAUAUUCUGUGGCUAAGCUUCCUAUAACAAGUGAUGUUCCUGAAGGGUGUGUGAUCAUAAAGGAACACACUCCCAUUACAAAUCUAUUCACCUGUCUAUGGUUCAAUGAAGUCGAUCGUUUUACUUCCAGGGAUCAGUUGAGCUUCUCCACUGUACGAGACAGAAUAAUGGCAAAAGUUGAUUGGGGUAUCAAUAUGUUUAUGGAUUGUGAAAGGAGAAAUUUUGUGAUACAGGCAUACCACAGAGAUCUGUUGGAGCAAAUGGUUCCUCCAGCUGGUGUGACCAGUCUUCCUCCACCAGCCAAAGAAAAUACGGCUUUGGUUAAAUCUGAUAUGGCGGGAAGGACACCGGUAAAGAAGAAUCCUAUCAGACGAGGAAAAGAGAGGAAAUCCGGUUCAAGGCGUCACCGGAAAGUUGUCAUUGGCAGUAGGGACAACAUUUCAGCUCGAUAAUUUUUUUUUUCUUUUUUGCAUUCAUUGGGGGAAAGUAAAAAAAUUUCUUAUUGAAAGUUAUUCAUCAUGAGGUAGGACGAUUUUGGGGUAUUAUGCCUUAGUCUGGUUAAAGGAGGAAAUUGGUUCCGAUUUUGGUUUGGAAACUGCCAAUACCCAAUUCAUUUUUUUGUUGUAAAUACGACGUUUCAAAUAAUUUUGAUGAAAAUUGUUGCUACCA